AUGGAGGACCAGGUCGAAAAUGCCAUCCAAAUUGCAGCGAACCCGACGUCAAGCCAGGAGCUGCGCGGCCAGGCUAUCGAAUACUUGAAUCAGCUCCGCGCAGAAGGCACAGCAUGGCAAGCUGCCCUCACACUCUUCGCGCGCGACCCUCGCCCCACCGACUUCGUCCGUCAUACCUCCCUCGAUCUCGUAAACAAUGCCAUUCAAGAACACCGCCUCGAUGAACAGAGUCUUGCGUACAUAAAGGAUACCCUUAUGGGUCACAUCCACCGAUCCUAUGUACCAGGCAGUGGGGCUGCAGACACAGGCCACAUUCAGAACAAGCUCAUGCAGACUAUCACUUAUCUUUUUGUAGCAUUAUACCCUUCUUCGUGGCAGUCUUUCUUCGACGAUUUCCGUGCCUUAGCUGGCGACCAGUCUACCAUCGGGAAUGUCAACACAGCGACGACAUUGCUGUACCUCCGCAUGCUCGGUCAGGUUCACGAUGAGAUUGCCGAUCAGCUAGUCGCCCGACCAGAGGAGGAAAAGAAGCGCAACACAGAAUUGAAGGACCUCAUCCGACAACGAGACGCGCAAAAGAUCUCAUUAUCCUGGCAAGAAAUACUUGCGAAGUGGAGGGAGACAGAUUUGAAUCUGGUAAGGAUGUGUCUGGAGACCAUUGGGCGCUGGGUUAGCUGGACAGACAUCAACUUGAUCGUCAACCAAGCCAUGAUCACAACCUUCCUGGAAAUGGCGGGUCAACAAGGAAUCGGCGACCCUGAGAGCGCUGCCGGAAAGGUGCGCGAUGCUGCAAUCGACACUUUCUCAGAGAUUGUGAGCAAGAAGAUGAGCCCCGCGGACAAGAUCGAACUCAUCACUUUCCUGAAUCUCUCAGAAGUCGUGGGCCAACUAAUUAGCAGCCCAGCUUUGGCCGAUUUCAACAGUUCGAACUACGACAACGACCUUGCUGAGACAGUCGCUAAGCUCGUAAACAAUAUUGUAUUCGAUAUCGUAAAGAUUCUGGAGAACGAGGCUGUCGAAGAACAUAUCCGGCAACGCGCAGACGAUCUCAUCCGCAUCUUCACUCCCUAUCUGUUACGUUUCUUCGCCGACCAAUACGACGAAGUCUGCUCAACAGUCAUCCCAUCUCUCACAGAUCUCCUCACGUUCCUCCGAAAACUGCAAAAGAAGUCUGGAUCCAUCCCUCCACAGUAUGCCGCGGUAUUACCACCCGUCCUGGAUGCGAUCAUCGCAAAGAUGAAGUAUGACGAGACAGCCUCAUGGGGUGAAGAGGGUGAACAGACAGACGAGGCAGAAUUCCUCGAUCUCCGGAGACGUCUCCAUGUCCUGCAGCAAACAGUGACCGCUAUCGACGAGCCCUAUUACAUCGAGACCCUCAGCCGCUUGGUCAACGGAACGUUCGGACGCCUAUCCCAGGGCGAUCAGUCCCUGAACUGGCGCGACCUUGAAUUGGCUCUGUACGAGAUGUACUUGUUCGGAGAACUUGCAGUCCGAAACCAGGGACUGUAUGCAAAACGCGAGCCCUCAUCUGCUGCAGCUCAGCAGCUUGUGACUAUGAUGAACAGCAUGGUUGAAUCUGGUCUAGCAAACUACCCACAUCCGGCUGUCCAGUUACAGUAUAUGGAGAUUUGCGUCCGCUACUAUCAGUUUUUCGAACAGAAUCCUGGCCUCAUUCCCAAGGUCCUUGAAAACUUUGUCAAUCUUACCCACAGCAAUCAUGUCAAGGUCCGCUCACGAUCUUGGUAUCUCUUCCAACGCUUAGUCAAGCAUCUACGGGCUCAACUGGGCAACGUGUCCUACGACAUCAUCCAAGCGGUUGGAGACUUGCUUACAAUCAAGGCCGAGCUUCCUGAUACUUCAGAAGACGAAAUGUCAUCUGAUGAGGAAGACCAGUCGGCAGAUGCACUUUUCAACUCACAGCUGUAUCUCUUUGAAGCCGUGGGUUGCAUCGCCUCGUCGAACACUGUAUCUGUGGAGAACAAGAAGCUCUACGCGCAGACUAUCAUGAGCCCUCUGUUCAACGAUAUGCAACAGACUCUUCCUCAGGCGAGGAAUGGCGAUGAACGAGCUAUACUUCAGAUCCACCACAUCAUCAUGGCCAUAGGAACGCUAGCUCGGGGCUACUCUGAUUGGGUGCCAUCAAACAACAACAGCGCCGUACCACAGAGUGAGGUUGCAGAGGAGUUUGUCAAAGCAUCCGAGGCUAUCCUCGUCGCUGUCGAAUCCCUCAACUCUUCUGGAUCUAUUCGCCACGCCGCACGAUUCGCUUUCUCACGCAUGAUUGCUGUUCUGGGUUCGCGUCUACUACAACAGCUGCCCUCUUGGAUUGAAGGACUUUUGUCACUCAGUUCCUCUAUGGACGAGAUCAGCACGUUCCUCAAGGUGCUAGGCCAGGUUAUUUUUACCUUUAAAUCAGAGAUCGCUGGCAUCCUGGAUACUGUUAUGAGUCCAGUGUUGCAACGUAUCUUCACAGCACUAGCAGUAGUUCCAUCGGGCACAGAUGACGAGAUUCAGCUGGCGGAGCUCCGCCGAGAGUAUCUGAACUUCAUUGUCGUUGUUCUGAACCAGGGUCUCGGAUCUGUGUUCGUUAGCAAUGCAAACCAAGCGACUUUCGAGCCCAUCAUCUCUUCCAUCGAAACUUUUGCGCGCGACACACACGACUACCCUACCGCACGCCUUGCCAUCUUUGUGCUUAUCCGUAUGAUCUCAGUGUGGGGCGGACCCGACAAGGUCGGGCCUGGCGCGAACUCUACGCCCACAUCUCCUGACACCGCUCAAGCACCGUUGCCAGGUUUCGACAACUACGUGGUAGAUAAAUUCUCUCCAUUAGCAUGGUCGAUACCGGCAUCGCCAGGGUUCAACUCGAAAGACGCGCAGGCUAAACAGGUACUCCAUGAGGCUGCCAAUCUGCAACACGAAAUCAUCAAGAAGGUCGGCGAGUCUUAUGUGGAUCGCCUCAAGAGCGAUCUCGGUGGCAUGGGAGUGGGUGAUGAUGGUGCGGACCAGUACCUGCGCACUCUUGCCGGCUCAUUCGAAGGACCAAAGAAAGAGAAGGAGUGGCGCAACUUCUACGCCCAGUUCGUGGAUCGCAUGCUUGCAAGCCAGGGUUAG